AUGAAAUUAUCCUUCUUUCUCCGUGCUUCAUGCAUUAUACCACUCGUUUCCUGCUUGCCCAGUCAGGCGUACCAAAAUGAGAGCCCAACAAUCGUCAAUCAGACUACUUGCAAUGGGCGCACCUAUACCUACAACGAGCUUGUUGGCUACGGUUUCGUUGCAUCAGAUUUCCGAGACAAGACCGGAGAUACUCUGGGUGGUCCGAGCGCAGUUGCCUUCGAUGCUUCAUCAUGGACGAAAUCGCGCAACGGCACUUAUGAGGGGCUGAUCUGGGUGCUGCCAGAUCGCGGAUGGAACACACAAGGAACGCUGAACUACCAGAACCGUAUCCACAAGUUCGCCAUCAGCCUUUCAAUCCGUACCGAGACAAAUAAUGCAAGCAACUCUUCGGCACCAAACCUGAAGUUCACGUACCUCGAUACCAUCCUCCUGACCGGUCCAGACGGCAAACCAACAACAGGACUCCGAGCUGACACGCAACCUCCCUAUCUGUCAUAUCCCGGCUUUCCCACGCUUCCUUCCGCGACUUAUGAAGGUGACGGUUUCGGAGGAGAAGGCCCGGGCGAUCGUCGCAUCAGUCUCGACAGUGAAGGCCUCGUAGUCGCCAGAGAUCAGUCGUUCUGGGUGAGUGAUGAAUAUGGUCCAUACAUCUAUCGCUUCUCCCCUGAAGGGAGAAUGUUGCAAGCAAUCCAACCACCCAAUGCUUAUCUUCCUCGCCGAAAUGGAAGCCUCAGCUUUGCAUCGGAUGACCCGCCAAUCUAUGACCCGGAUGAUGAGGUUGUUCCUGAAGAUGUCGAUUCGGGAAGAGCCAACAACCAAGGUUUUGAAGGCUUGACCAUCUCGGAGAACGGGCAGAAACUCUACGCUCUGACCCAAUCAGCACUAGCCCAGGACGGAGGGACAGGAAAUCCAGAAAGGAAACAGGCACGCCUCUUAGAGUACAGGAUCAGCGGCGGAAAUGCUGUUUACCAGGCAGAAUACGUCGUCACCCUUCCGGUCUUCAACGGCGGCGAGACCGUGGCCGCUCAAUCCGAGAUAUACGCACUCGCCAAAGAUCAAUUCUUCGUCCUGGCCCGAGACUCAGGAAGAGGUCGUGGUCAGGAUGACGCCGAAUCGCUAUAUCGUCGUGCGGAUGUCUUCGAUAUCAGCCGUGCAACCAACAUCAAGAGCCCAGAAAACGACGACAGCCCGACCGGCUCCAUCGCUGAUGACGAGGGCACCCUCGACGCUGAUAUCACGGCGGCCGAGUACUGCACCUUCCUCGACUUCAACGUCAACUCCGAGCUUGCCAAGUUCGGGCUCCACAACGGCGGUGCACAGGACGAGGGCCUACUGAACGAGAAAUGGGAAGCCCUUGGGCUUGUGCCGGUUGAGCCAAACGGAAGGGGAGGGAACGAUAGGGUCAAUGGGAAUAAAGGGGAGGAGUACUUCCUGUUUGCGUUUAGUGACAAUGAUUUCAUCACGCAGAAUGGCUACGUGAAAUUCGGGCAGUUGCCGUAUUCGGACGAGUCGGGCUUUAACUUGGAUAGCCAGGCUUUGGUCUUCCGGACCCUCGCAUACCUCUUUCAACCAUCAACCUACAUCUCUCCUAUCGGCGGCGUGCAGACCGUCGAGCACGUCAAAGCCAUGCCAGAGGCGUUGGGCAUCAGACUUUUCAAAGAGGAUAUCCAUGCCAUCCAGGACGCUACGCCCUUCAACCCUCUCUUUCCCAUGAACUUCCUGUUCAAUUUCAAAGGGGAUCAAAGAUAUAACCUGGAUCUCACAGCGGCAGGUAAUCAGCAAUAUCAGAUGACGUCUUGGAUCAAUGCACCACCGAAACCUUUAGUCAACACUUCAUUCUGGCUGCACCACUGCAUCUCUUUUGUUCCUCGUAGCACCAAUCGCAAUUUCCUCCUUUUCGGAUCCGAGUUGCAUGUGCACAGCCAAUUUGCUCCUGUAAACCAGAGUACAGAAGACAGAAAAGCUGGUCAGCUGCAACAGUCCCUCAGCGACUUCUUCACAGUACUAUCUGACGAGACAGUCUCCUUCCCAACGAUGGCAGUGCAAGAAUACAACCCAUUCGCCAAACGCGAGAACCACAGCAAAAAGUCUCUUACCGCUUACAAGGUCUUGACCAUCGCCUCAUGGCUCCUCCUCGCAAUCACGGUCCUCUACUACACCUUCAAUGCCCCCAAUGACUGCAAACAUGGCCAUGAUUGCCAUACCAUCUGGGGCCAGAACGGCCGCAUGAGGACCCCCUUCUCCCUCAACUCCAUCGUCACAGGCAUCUACUGGAUCAUCGUGACCAUCAUGCAAGCCGGCUACGUCUGGCACCUGUUCUCCUCAAACGAGACACUGGUCAACAGCGCCGCAAAUAGCAACCUCCUCUACUUCGCCUUCAUCCUCCUCUGGGUACGUUCGCACUUCUGGCCCGCCGAACUCUUCCUCAUCCUCAACUUCCUCAACCUCACCACCCUCUACUUCCGCCACUCGACCACCCCGCGUUUCGUCCACAUCCCCGUCGUCUCCGCCCCGCUUGCCUUCACUUAUGUCGGCGGCUUCUUCCUCCUGGCCUUCAAGGACUACACCAUGGGCUUCGAGCUGGCCAUCCUCUCCCUCGCUCUGGCACUGGCACAGCUGGGCACACACGUCAUCGCCUUGCAAUGGAUCUUCGCAUUCGUCAUCAUGGGCUGUCUGGCGGUCCUGUCGGUCUUGAUCGGCGUGCCGGGCAUCUUCGGCGACAAGAACGGUAUCAGGCACCCAGGCCACAUUGUCGAGCCGGACCGCGAGAGGCAACCCCUGUUGGACGAUCGUUAA